UGAGAAAUGGACGUGCCCUGGAGAGGAGUAUAGGGAAGUAGGGAAGAUGAGGACCCGUUGUCUUGGUGACGCCCGGAUGGUGAGGGGAUAACUGAGGGAGCUGGAGGGUUCUGGAGGUCCAAGGGAAGAGAUGAUUUCGAGAAGGGUAACACAGAGUAAACCUUGAUUUUAGGACAACAACAACUUGCAUUUAUUUCAAACCAUUAUCCUCAUGUUUUUUUUUAUCAGAAAACGUCUCUAGGACACAGUGAUAACCUGAGGGAAAGAGUAGAGGGAGCUUGGCUAACGGGGUAUGUUUUAAAUAGGAGUUUGUUGGAGGAGAGGCGACAGAUCUCGGAUAGUUGGAGUUCAGAUGAGCAACAGCCACUGCCGUCAGAUCAAAGCAGCCCAACAGGGGAAUGUGGCCGACUUGGAGUCUUCCCCGUAUCCAGGCUUUCAUUUGCAGAGCAAGCGCCCUUUGACUUGCUGGUCGAACUUUAGAAUCGUUACAUUCACACUUUAGAUAAGUGAAUGCUGGAGUCCCUCGAACGGUGGAAGCUGCCUGUCUCCGUACAAAUGGUCGAGUUUCUUGUCCAGCAGGUCGGCCUCUGAGACUGAGUGACGCGGUGUUGUAGCUGACAUCACCUCGGCCGGCAGAGCGAUAAGUGGAGAGAGAGAGGGAAAAAAUCUCAUGGAAAUGGGGGGUGGGGGGAGGCAGGACGGCAAGGAAUCUGUACCGGGAGUCCUGACGAGUACGUUUGCUUUAUUAAAGGUGAAAGGUUUCAUUUGUCUCCCUUUCCCCUCUCAGUGGAAGAACUGAGAGGUGUUAAAAAUAAAACUCAGGGCUGAGAAUUCUCUUCGUGCGGAAGGUUGAGCCAAUCCAAAAUACAGAGAAAGUUUGGUCUGAAACUGAUCAGCACGAAAUUGACUGGGUGAAACUGACCUCCCUCCCGCAGGUACAUUGAGGAGCUGCGAGGCUGGGGAUUCCUACAAGGAGGAGGGGGGCUUUUCCAGCCUUGUUGUCCCCUUCGGCCGAAUCUUUGCUCGUAUGUUAUAUUUCUGUGGGAUUUCCCUGAUGUUUUGAAGUCCUGGGGAAGUAGGCGAUCUCUUUACAUGGAUGUGUCGGGGAGGAGUCGCUAGCUGAUAGAGAAAUGGAAGUGGUUGACGAGACGGAAGCGUUGCAACGCUUUUUUGAAGACCAAGAGGUAGCGCACUCCAGAAUGGCUUAUGCAGACGGUCCCUUCAGACAUUACAAUACAGGACAUGAAAUCAAUGGGGCUCUUGAUACUUCCAACAUUGAUACAAGUAUUCUGGAGGAAUAUAUCAGUAAGGAGGACUCCACAGACAUUUGUUUUCCAGAUCUCCCAGUCUCAGUAAGUUAUUCCAAUCCUCAAGCAUCUGGCAGUGCUUCAGUUGGCCAUCCUAUUCCUGGCGCCAUUGGGAACACAGGCCACCUAAAUAGUCCUUCCACCAGUGGAGUCAACCACCUUUGCCAUGUAACCACCAGCUGUAUGCCAGUCGCAGCUAGACAUGGCGGUCUCGUGCCAAACCCCGUACCUUGUGGUCCAAACCUCAGCGGCCACAUGAACUGUAAUGGCAACAGUGGAAUGCUAACCAAAAGCUAUCCCAGCAACCUUUGCAUGAACAGCAACACAACUGCUAUCAAAGUGGAACCAAAGCCCUCCUAUGCACCCGGCACUUUACCUGAAUCCCCUCCUGAUUCUGGAUCCGAGCCGUACUCCCCUCAACAGGUGAAUGCAGAAUCUCAUCUCUUGCGUACUAUGACGCCUGAGCAUUUAUGUCACAUGACACCCCCUUCACGUCUGGAACAUCCUGCUCAAGCACAUCUCCAACCACCGCACCCUCAUCAGCCGCCCAAUGCACAUUAUCCGAAUGUCCCAAGAGAAAUGUACAUGAAGGCUGAGCCAAUGAUGUCCCAAUAUCCAGUAUCGGGAAUAUCUCCAAAUGAGCUCCAUCAAGCCCAGCAGUCACAAAUGCUUCAUCAACUUCUACAACAUCAUGGAUCAGAUGGUAUUCCUGUGCACCCAGCCAAGAAGCGGAAACAUUCAGACUCUCCUCCAAACACUUUAAACACUCAGAUAUUGAAUGGAAUGAUAAAACAGGAGCCAGGGUUGAUGCAGGACAGUGACAGUCUGAAUGGCUCUUACCUGGACCCCAACUAUCAGUGCAUUAAAUGGCAGCCUCACCAGCAGAACAAGUGGGCCACUCUCUGUGAUGUCAACUGCAAAGAUCUGCCCAAUCCCAGCUAUAGAGUCGAUGCUGACAAAGGCUUUAACUUCUCUGUUCCUGAUGAUGCUUUUGUCUGUCAAAAGAAGAACCACUUCCAGGUCACAGUUUAUGUUGGCAUGAUGGGUGAUCCAAAAUACGUGAAAACCCCUGAGGGGCUCAAACCAAUUGAUUGUUUCUUCCUGAAGUUACACGGUGUAAAGUUGGAAGCAAUGAACCAGAGCAUCAAUAUUGAGCAAUCACAGUCUGAUCGCAGCAAACGGCCAUUCAACCCAGUCACGAUUAACAUCCCCUCUGAUCAGGUCACAAAGGUGACGGUUGGAAGGUUACACUUCAGUGAAACAACAGCGAACAACAUGAGGAAAAAAGGCAAACCCAAUCCAGACCAGAGGUACUUCAUGCUGGUAGUAGCCCUUCAGGUCCAGGCUCAGAAUCAGAAUCAUCUUGUGGCAGCUCAGAUUUCUGAAAGAAUCAUUGUGCGGAACACGGCACAGGCUUCAAACCCUGGACAGUUUGAGAGUGACACGGAUGUUUUGUGGCAGCGUGGACAGCUUCCUGACACUGUAUUCCACCAUGGCCGUGUUGGCAUUAACACAGACCGUCCUGAUGAAGCCCUGGUUGUCCAUGGCAAUGUCAAAGUCAUGGGCUCGUUAAUGCACCCAUCAGACAUGCGGGCAAAGGAGAACAUCCAGGAGGUAGACACCACAGAGCAGCUGAGGAGGAUAACCCAGAUGCGGCUGGUCCAGUACCAAUACAAACCUGAGUUUGCUGCCACAGCUGGCAUAGAGAAUGCGCCUGAGACAGGUGUUAUCGCACAAGAAGUGAAGGAAAUUCUACCCGAGGCUGUGAAAGAGACUGGGGAUGUGGUCUGUACCAAUGGAGAGACCAUUGAGAACUUUCUGGUGGUUAAUAAGGAACGGAUUUUCAUGGAGAACGUGGGUGCUGUCAAGGAGCUUUGCAAGCUGACUGAUAACCUCGAGACACGAAUCAAUGAGUUGGAGACAUGGAGCCGGAAACUGGCCAAACUGAAGCGAUUAGAUAGUAUGAAGUCCACAGUCAGUGGAGGAACUCUCAGCCAAACUGGCAGUCAUUUGAGUCGAGCAGGAAGUGGGCCACAUAAGAAAAGACAUCCGAAGGUUGGCAAUAAGGCUCAAUCCAAUGCAGCAGAUCAUGGUUGCCUCAGCCAGAGGUUCCUCCAAGGCACCAUCAUAGCUCUCGUUAUAAUCAUGGCUUUCAGUGUAAUAUCCAUGUCAACACUCUAUGUGCUGAACCUGCGCAAUGAUGAUGGGACAGAAGCUGAUGGAUCACCUGCUGAUGUCAAUCCACGUACAACCUCGAAAGAAAUCCAUUGGCCGACAACGCCUCUCAGUGCGCAGGGCACGGUUGUAACUCACCGGCUGCCUGUUGAUAUACCUUCUCCUGCUUCUCCUGUGUCCCACUCCCCUCGACCACUUAGUCUCUGCUACACCCUUCUAUGUGAAGUACUGUGCUGUCCUGUUAACUCUACAUAUCCACCUGCUAGUAGCAUCCUGCCAGUGACUACCAACCCAUUGACCCCUUCAUCAACCAGCACUAACCAUUCCACUGCUGAUCAAGCUGGCAUAUCCUUCACCAGCAAUAUCAAAGCCAAGUCUUCAAUAAACGAGAAUGCGAACAGCUACAACAGCGGGCAGACAUCUUCCAGGGAUGUGGUUAGCACCUCCAGAUCCAGCUCAAACAGUUACAGUCCCUUACCACAGAUCACCAACAUCCAUGGCAAAUCAAAGUUCCCUCCUCGUUAUGCCAGUACACAAAACAAACUGCCCAGUUUGCCCGCAAGAAGACAAAGAAGCACUGAACAAAUGGACACUACAAACAACAACAACCCAGACUGGAAGAACACCACCUUGACUUCUAUCCAGAUCAUUGAGGAUGGCCUGGAGAUCUCAGAGCAGUACUGUCUGAGCCAAGGAUCCUGCAGCUCAGGGAAUUAUACAUACUCCAUUCCAGUCAGCAAGACCACACCCAUAGAUAUCACCAUCACUCUUCAAAUGAAGACCUCAGUGCCUCUGGCCGUUUACCUGUGCAGUGUCAACUACGGCAAUUUAUGCGGGAGUAUCUCAAAUACGGACUUGAAAACUGAGACAUCAGUCACCCAGGAAUUCCAACACCAAAGUCUUUCUUCGUUCAGUUUUCGUGACAUUCCGCUGAAGAACUUAGUGGACAUUCAUUCCCUGGAGGAAUCUUGCCUAGAUUCCUGAUUUAAGAUCCAUUUCUUCACAGAUUUCACAUCAAGAACUUGAAUGAUUCCUCCUCCAUUAGGUAAUGAUCAAGGAGCCUAGCUGAACUCCAUUUCCUUCAGAUAGCCCACACAGGAAGCUGCCUGAGCUUCAUCUCCUUGAGGUAUCCAUCCCAGAAUGCUAGCUGAAGUGCCAUCACCUUGAAUUAUUCACUGAUGAAGCUAGCGGUGCCAUCUAGAGUUGCGCUCUCCCAAGUGUUGCACCAUCUUCAGGCAUCCCCGCUCCAAGAGUCUUCCUGAAUGGUUUUGCCUUGAAGUGUCUCAUCUAAGUCCCUGACGCAUCAAGAAUUACAUUUCUGAAGUUGAGCUGAGUUCCAUUUCCUCCACUUGUCCUACAUGGAGCCA